AGGUGAUAAGGGAGGAAGAGGAAUGGCAGGUCAGGACGGCAGCCCUGGAAGAAUCGGAGAUGCGGGGCAAUCAGGAUUGAACGGGAAAAGUUUAUGCCAAGUAUCCUCCAACACUGGCCAAAAUCUUUGCUGUGGGGAAAGUGGCAAAUUUGAGCAAGAGGGAGAGUCAAUUUAUGUCAACAUUGACACUUCAAAAUGCGAGUUUGCGACACAGCCAAUAUACUUCACAAGUUUAUAUGGAAAACACUCCAACGGACUGGUUUUCAGUGAGGACAAUAUUGUAGAAACAGAAAAUCAUCGGGUUGACAAGAAACACCUCAAAGUUUACUUGAGAAGCAGAGAAACGUUGGACCUCGAUGAAAUACGAUCGCAUGGCUGGAGUCUCAAGUGGUGUGGAAUGGGAAUCAGCCUUGCAAAUCGUCCGCAGAAGCUGAGCAUGUGCUGCGGCAGCACAGAUAGCUCAGAGUGGAAGGCUUGGAAGAGUGGCUUAAGCACUAGGGUUGAUACAUCCGGAUGCGAUUUGAGCAAUGUAGGGGAUGCUUCUCAGGGAGCGCCAUUUUACUUUGCUUCACUCUCGGACACUUCUUGCGGUUCUGAGCUGCGUUCGUCUG